AUGGACAAGUUCCAAGCCUUCGGAAAGAACCUCAGUGCGAGCUUCACCCCCUUCGCUGCGCGCACGCAGCAGAUGAUCAAGGAGCAGUUGGGUCAGGCUGAAGACAAGACCCAGCUCCCUGAUGAGUACAUCGAGCUCGAGAAGCGCGUUGAUGCGCUGAAGCUGGUACACCAGAAGCUCCUCCAGGUGACAUCCCAGUACUCCAACGAGGCCUACGACUACCCUCCCAACAUCCGCGAGUCCUUUAAUGACUUAGGCCGCACCAUCAGUGAAAAGGUCCAGCUCCUGUCGCAGGCCUCUUCCCCCGCCGAGGCCCAGGCGGCCCUGGUCGCCCCUCCAUCGGCCAAACCCCAGCCCAAGACCUUUAACCAUGCCAUCGCCCGCGCCUCUCUGGCUGGCUCCCAGACCCUGGCACAGGUCCAUCCCGGCGAGGACCCGCUGGCGACCGCGCUCGAGAAGUACGCUCUCGCUUCGGAGAAGGUGGGCGAGGCCCGUCUGGCGCAGGACGCUCAGAUCCAGUCGCGCUUCCUGGCUGGCUGGAACACCACCCUGAACACCAACCUGAUGUUCGCGGCCAAGGCGCGCAAGAACGUGGAGAAUGCCCGACUCAUGCUCGACUCGAUCAAGGCCAGGAGGAAGGCGGCUGCCGGCGGUGAUCUGGACAACCUGAGCGAGGAGGCGCGUGCGGAGAUUGAACAGGCGGAGGAUGAAUUUGUCGGGCAGACUGAGGAGGCCGUGAGCGUGAUGAAGAAUGUCCUUGACACCCCCGAGCCUCUGCGGAACUUGGCGGACUUGAUUGCUGCGCAACUGGAAUUCCACAAGAGAGCCUACGAGAUCCUCAGUGAGCUGGCUCCUGUUGUGGAUGGAUUGCAGGUUGAGCAAGAGGCUAGCUACCGUAAGAGCCGUGAGGGUGCUUAG